AUCACGACUUAACCCCCCCUUCCAACUUUUCCUCGAUACACAUAGAAAUCUUCGAGGAUCGCCCGACGAGAAAAAAAUAUUCAAGAUGUCGGACGUAGAAGACAACACCCCCGAGGUCGCCGAUGUUGUUGAGGUUUCCGGCGAUGCCCCCAAGGGCCAGAUGUCCAUUCUCGAUGCUCUCAAGGGUGUCCUGAAGCUCUCUCUCAUGCACGAUGGUCUUGCUCGUGGUCUCCGUGAGGCUUCCAAGGCUCUUGACCGUCGCCAGGCUCACAUGUGUGUCCUGAACGAGAACUGCGAGGAGGAGGCCUACAAGAAGCUUGUUGUCGCUCUCUGCAACGAGCACAACAUCCCUCUCAUUCAGAUCCCCGACGGCAAGCAGCUCGGCGAGUGGGCCGGUCUCUGCGUUCUCGACCGUGAGGGUAACGCUCGCAAGGUUGUCAACUGCUCUUGCGUCGUUGUUAAGGACUGGGGUGAGGAGUCUCAGGAGCGAUCUAUCCUCCUGAACUACUUCCAGACCGAGCAGUAA